ACGUGUGCUGUGACGUGGCGCGUCAACACAACAUAACGAUGGCGGACGCCGUGGAAGAAGUUCUGCUCGCCACUUGGGACCAGGAUCUGGCCGAGGCCUUGGACUCUGGAUCCGACAUCGAGAUGGAGAAGAACCUGAUCGAGGAGGAGGGGAUCCCGCCUCAACAACGAGCGAAGAUGUGGAAGAUCGCUCUGAACGUGGCUGGGAAGGGUGACAGCCUCUCUCCCUGGGACGGUGUCCUUGACCUCCCCGAGCAGACGCUCAUUCACAACCGCAGCCAGCAGCUGAUCGACCAGCUGGGCGUAUCGGGGCAGGAGCGAGCGGAGCUGGUGUCGGACGUGGAGGCGGUCAUCACCUUCUACUGCAAGUCCAGGAACAUCAGCUUCACACCGGAGCUGAGCUGGCCCCACCUCCUCAAGCCCCUGCUGGGCCUGCAGCUCCCGCGCAGCGACCUGUACAACUGCUUCUACGCCAUCAUGAACAAAUACAUCCCCAGGGACUGUGUGCAGAAGGGCCGGCCCUUCCACCUGUGCAGCUUGCUGCUGCAGUACCAUGAGCCCGAGCUCUGCUCCUUCCUGGACACCAAGAAGAUCACCCCCGACUCCUACGCCAUCAACUGGCUGGGCAGUCUGUUUGCCAGCCACUGCCUCGCUCCAGUGACCCAGGCCUUGUGGGACAACUACCUCCAGCAGGGCGACCCCUUCCUCGUCUUCUUCCUCAUGCUUGUCAUCCUAGUCAACGCCAAAGAAUCCAUCCUCUCACAGGAAGCCACCAGCAGAGAAGAGAUGAUGAAAAUGCUGGAAGAGUCUCCAGCUCUCCUUGAGACAGAGGACGUUGAGGACCUGAUAUCUCUGGCCCAGUAUUACUACAGCAAGACCCCUCUCUCCCUCCGAAAGGAGAACCAGAACCUGUUUGGCAGCAGUCUGGUGGCCCUGAAGGAGGAGGACAUGGACCUGAGCCAGGCCCUCUGUCUCCCCGUCUCCGUCCCGGAGAUCCUGCAGGCCAACCAGCACCAGCAGGACGGCGUGCGGUUCUUCGUGGUUGACUGUAGACCCGCCGAGCAGUACAACGCCGGACACCUGUCCACCGCCUUCCACCUGGACUCUGACCUGAUGCUGCGGAACCCGUCGGAGUUUGCGCUGUCGGUCAAGUCCCUGCUGGAGGCCCAGAAGCAGUCCCUGGAGUCGGGCUCGGUGGCCAGCGGGGAGCACCUCUGCUUCAUGGGCAGCGGGCGCGAGGAGGAGGACAUGUACAUGAACAUGGUGCUCGCUCACUUCCUGCAGAAAAACAAGGAAUACGUCAGCAUCGCAAAAGGCGGAUUCAUGGCUCUACAGCAGCACCUGGUGGACAUGAACAUCGAGGGCCUGGACUCGUCCUACCUCCACUGGAUCGUCAGCACCUCGGGGUCCCACAGCAGCCUCAGCUCAGCCGACGGCGAGUCGCUGGGUGGCCCCGGAGACGCCAAGGGGGUCAAGUCUCUGGUCAACAAGAUGACCUUUGCCCUGAAGUCCAAGUCAGUCAACGUCAAGGAGAAGAUGAUCAGCUUCAUCGAGAACACCGCCACACCUGUGGACAGAAUGUCUUUCACUCUGCCCUGGCCAGAGAAGGCUGUCCCAGAUCGGCACGUGAGCAGCAACGACCGGGUGGGUAAGCCCUACAGAGGAGUCAAACCUGUAUUCAGCAUCGGUGACGAGGAGGAGUACGAUACAGACGAAAUCGACAUUUCGUCCACGUCGGAUGACGACCGGAAGGAGAUCAUCAACCUCCAGACGUGGACCAACAAGCCCGACGUCAAGCACCACAUCCCCUGUGACGAGGUGAAGGAGACUGGACACAUGUUCCCCAGCCACCUACUGGUGACGGCCACCCACAUGUUCUGCCUGCGGGAGAUCGCAUCUCGUAAAGGCUUCGCCUACAUCCAGUCCAGACAGGCCCUCAACUCGGUGGUGAAGAUCACUUCAAAGAAGAAGCAUCCGGAACUCAUCACCUUCAAAUUCGGCAACAACAACGCCGCCGCUGGCGUGGAAAUCUCCGCAGUGGAGAGGUAUCUGAUCCCCAACGCUGGCGACGCCACCAAGGUCAUCAAGCAGCAGAUCAUGAAGGUCCUGGACGCCCUGGAGAGCUCCUAAGGAGGUCUGGAUGCCAAGGUGUGGGAGGAGGGGGAGACUGCUGGCUCCUCCUGCUCCAGCUCUGUGGUUUCUGCCCACCCCCUCGGGACCGGCCCGUGGACAGGAUGGACUGACCGUUUCCGCUGGUGUGCUGCCUGCUCUUCACAGACUGAGGACCUGUUUGGGGACGGGCUGUGUGCGUGUGUGUUUUGAAAUACUUUACUAGGUGCUCCACGACCCGACCUUCCCACUUUACUUGCUCUUAUUUAAAACUAAAGAUUUAUUUUAUUUUUGACAUUGUGUUCAUUAACAGAGCUCGUUUCAGAUUCAGUUCAACGCAACCAAAUCCCCUCCUGCCUUAAAACCCACUUGUUUCUCUAGUGACGGUUGAACCGGCUGGAUGUGUGUCAGCUAAUCAUCAGCGUACCUAAAGGUCACUGCGUUCUCUUCUCGGUUUACCAUUCAACACCAAUCCUACUGUGGGUUUGGCUGGGCACAAAUCCGGACACUCUGAUUGAUUACGUGUAUUGACAACGGUAUUGCUCUUCAGAGUUAGGUUGUUAUCAUUAAAGGAAGGAGGUUUCCUUUAUAGGUCAGAGGUUAUAGGAAUUGAUAUAGGAAGUUGAUCCGAAACGAGCAUGAUCCUGGAUACAAACGGAAAACUCUAAAGAUGCCCAUCCCAUAAUAGCUGUGGUUGACCGACGGCGCUGGUCUUCUGCCACCUCAACUCUUUUUGAUAUUCUUUUCAGCGCACAGCCUUAAAUAAAGUCAUUUAAGGGUGUUUAUAAAUAUCUCAUGUACAUAGUGCGUGUAAACUACCGCAAUAUCUGAGCAGUAAAAUAAUUUUUGAACCAUCUAAUCAAGAUUAUUCAAGUCUGUUAUUUAGCUGCAGUUUCUAGGACUAAGCAGUCUUUCACGGAGCAAAUUUAAUUUAUUGUCAGCUUUUCAAACAUGCAAUUAACCACACUAGAACUGAACCUCUCCCCAUCUCUGGACCACUUGAGUAUUACCAAAUGGAGGUCUGGGCAUGUCACCGAUUGAGCACCAACUAUUUCGGUGCUUUAGUAUUUGCUGCCGAAUUCCAGAACUGGAUUAAUUUUCCACUUGUGUGGGAGAAAGUCUUUAGCAAACGUUAUGCUACCUUUGAUUGUAUUGUACCUGGCCCUCAGACAUAUGCUGUGUUGACUCACUGUGGAAGAAUAUAGCGUAUAGAUUUCUAUAUGCUGUUUAUUAGUCAACUUAUAUAUUAGGACAUAUGCUAUAGUGUCCUUGAAUUGUGUCAUUGAUUCUAUAUUUAAGUGUUUUCACACUUAUUCUUUUCCAGAAAAGAUAAUUUGCUCGCGUUUCAUCAACUUGGCCGUGUUGUUUGCUUUCACGAUCUCGGUUAAUUGUGAGUUGUAAGUAACAUCUGCAAACAGAAAAUAUAGCUCAAUAUAUAACUAGCAUCAUAAGUGUUGAAUGACUGUUUUAUCUCAUUUGUUGCCAUGAGGUGGCACGGAGGAGUUUCUGAUGGAAAGAUAUUUCGUUCAAUUUCUGAUAAGUUAGAUGGAAAAAAGUGGUGAUUAAAUGGUCUCCCAUAACAUAGCAUUCCCGUGUAAUCAAUGCAUCGUGUUGUAAUUUGUUAUGUGAUUUGUUCAGUAUUUACUUGAAUAUGCUUGACUGGUCGACGUCUUUACGGUUGAGAACAUUUCCCUUCCCCAUCGUUUGAAAAAACAUGGCGUCGGUCACCGCUCAUCCAACGGCCGCUUAACCUUUGCAUUCUCCUGUAUAUUUUGCACCUAACUUAACUGUUCUUUUCUAAUAAACUUUGUUUUUAAUAAAUUGAUAGUUAUUCAACAA